AUGGCGCCACGUUUCGGUGCAAAACCGCGGCCCGGCGCCAACGGACACGCCAAUUGCCGAUUGCAAAAGCGGGCUAGGGCGUCACUGAGCUUGCGGCUGCCGCGCAGUCGGCCGUCCGCCGUCGGCGUGGACAGUCGCCUGUUCGGCACGCCGCCCAGCGUGGAGGACAGCACGCCCGAGAAGGAGGCCGCGAAGACCGUUCUCGAUGAGAGUGUGGCGGGUUCCGUGCUAAUAGAGGCCCCCAGCCCGGCCGGCGGGACCCCUAAAGGCCCCCAGACGCCGGAGGACAGAUUCGUGCUCGCCGAGCAUCCAGACAUUAACCCAAACCCCCACUCUUUGUGCGAAAUUGAACUCUAUCCCCAUACACUCGCGGGCCACUAUCGCUCGCAGGCCACCACACCACACGGCUCAAAAUACCCAACACUGCCCGAUUGUGAUAGUUACGCCAGCAACGCCGGAGCCAGAAUAGCGCUUAGGGUCCAGAACACCACGUGCGGCGGACGCAUUCGCCGACUGACCCAGUUCACCCGCAGCCCCAGCUGGGUGCUAAUGCAGCUGAUGGGCAACGUGGCGGCGUCUCAAGUGUUCCUGGUGCAGUUAUCUUUGCACGGAACAAACACCUCGUUCGCCUUCGUUCAGUUCAUGAUCGGCUACACAGCAAAG